GGCUUUUUGCUUGCUUGAAUAUCAGUCUGUGAGCGGCUAAGGUUUCUGUAAUUGGGUCGGGGCUUGGUGUUGUUUGGGGUAUAUGUGAGUGAGGUAAGAAAAUAUGUUUAUUUCGAGUAGUGAAUUUUGAGUCGUCGGUUUUGUACGAAUGCCAAAGAACAAACGAAAGGGAGGGAAGAACGAGGCAGAGGACGAGAAGAGUGAGCUUGUCUUCAAGGAGUAUGGACAAGAGUACGCUCAGGUGCUCCGCAUGCCUGGGAAUGGUCGCUCUGAGGCUCUCUGUAUAGACGGGACCAAGCGUUUGUGCUACAUUCGAGGGAAGGUGUGUAUUGCGUCGGGCGACAUCAUCCUCGUUGGACUCCGAGACUAGCAAGACAGAUGUUAUACUCAAGUACCAACCCGAUGCAGCCAGGCUGCUCAAAGCUUACGGUGAGCUUCCUGACAAGAUUCGUCUCAACGAAGGUAUUGCUGGCGGCCUGGACGAGGAUGAGGACGGCGAAGGCGAUGACUUCAUAGAUUUCGAGGACGAGGACAUUGACAGAAUAUAAACCGCCACCCCGCUCCACUCCUCCAGCCUUCUCCACACAUCGAGACUUCUACAAAAAACGUUGUCUCCUGGAAUUCUUUCACCAUUUGCAUCAACCCUUCAAAUUUCAUGACUCCUACUCAGAAAUCAGCGGAGACCUUAAACUAGACCUUAAACUUCUGCCACUUCAGUUGAGUAAAGCCAAGCCAAGUCACCAUUAUCUUGCGUUCUUCAGCUGCACCAUAGGGAUCCCUUGGACAGGAGUCCGAAGGGUGUAUCUGCAUCCUGCAAUCUUCCUCCACAACAGGGCACAUGUAUUUCAUGAAUCACGAUAAAAGUUAGAUACGGUAUGUAUCUGCAAUUUAUACGGUAUGUUUCCUCCCCGUUGGUGACACCCAGCUCGCUGUACACGUGUGAAGUUGUACUUUGGUUGGGCUGUGUUAGCGGUGAUAAGUUUGCCAUGAGUAACCUUCAUGCCUCUACAAUAUGUUCGUAUUUCAUUGUUAGAAGUGAGUUUUGUACACACGCAGCGGAGUCGCCAAUGUCGCCGUUCUACUUGUACUUACAAUUACAGUAGUUCACGUCAUGGUGUGUGCUAUGCAAGGGAAUUUACUGACAGUAUCUGGUUGACUCUGACUCUUCUAAAUAGGUCGCAGUGGUUGGAAGAUUUCACACUUUGGAACGGGUAAAUAAUGAUUUUUUAUGUCUGAUGUACUAUUUUGGGUUAUUGUAGAGCAUUGGAUGAAUGGGU